GUAUCUCACGUUCAGCCAAUCAGAGCGCAGCAAAGCACCAGCCCAGCCAAAACAUCCGGCGUAGAAGCCGCACCUUAAGGAUCUGUGAUAGAGCGGCUGAGAGCGCUGCUGUAACUGUGGGAUUAUUAACGCGGAUUAAAGUGUCAGAAACAGCUGGGGGGACAUGGCGGAAGGUGGGGGCGCUCUGGAAGGGGAUGUGGAUGAUGAGCCGCCCAGCACGAGCUACCCGCUGGUCACUGUCUCUCACUCAGCCAGCAGCGCUGUGACAGCAGGUCGUAAUCUGAAGGAAUGGCUGCAGGAGCAGUUUUGCGAUAAGCCCCUGGAGCAGUGUGAGGACAUGCGCCUACACAAUGCUGCCUAUGUAGGAGACCUGGACACCAUCAAGAGCCUCCUGAGGGAAGACACUUUCAAGCAGCGGAUCAAUGAAAAAUCGGUGUGGUGCUGUGGCUGGCUACCCUGCACCCCUCUACGUAUCGCAGCCACUGCAGGUCACAGCGACUGCGUGGACUUCCUCAUUGGACAAGGGGCAGACGUAGACCUAGUGGAUGUGAAGGGCCAGACUGCUCUGUAUGUAGCUGUGGUAAAUGGCCACCUGGACUGUGUUCGGAUCCUGCUGGAGGCUGGCGCUGAUCCUAACGGCAGCAAGCACCAUCGUAGCACACCUUUAUACCAUGCUGCUCGAGUAGGUAGAGUAGACAUCCUUCAGGAACUGAUCAGGUUCAAUGCAGAUGUGGAUGUGGACCACCAGCUGGGACCGAGGCCUCUCUUCACUGCCCGCACCCUCUCCACACUGGUGGUGUGCCCCCUGUACAUCAGUGCUGCCUACCACCACCUGAACUGUUUCCGGCUGCUCCUGGAGGCUGGUGCCAACCCUGACUACAACUAUACCGGCCCGGUGAGCCGCGAAUCACUGGCCCGAGGCUUGGCUACCUGCCUCCUAGACGCUGUGCUCAAGCAUGGCUGUGAGCCUGCGUUUGUCCAGCUGUUGCUGGAUCAUGGUGCUGAUCCACAGCUUGUGCCCUGGGAGGAACCUGACCCACAGACAAUGGGAAGGGUGAGGAUCAAUGCUGAGGCCUUGCAGGUCUACCAAGAGGCCAGGAGAUGUCCGAGGAGGCUGACUCAUCUGUGUCGCAUAACCAUCCGACAGGCCUUGGGUAAGCAUUGUCUGUGGAACAUCUCCAGCCUCCCUCUGCCUGAUGCCAUCAAGAAUUUUCUGCUACACAGAGACUUCUGUGGACCUGCUGUGUCCUCCAUAUUGGCUGUUGAUUGAAAGUCUUAAGGCCU